AUUUUAUUUUUUUAUAUUAAAACUUUUUUUUUAUUAUUUAUAUAUAUUUUAUAAUAUAAUUUAACAAUGUCAGAAAAACAAUUAAAUGCAGCCCUCGAUUUAAUGAGAAGACUCCCACCUUCACAAAUCGAAGACAAUUUAGCUGGUCUUCUUGAUCUUGUCCCAGAUCUCACAGAUGAUCUUUUAAGUUCAGUCGAUCAACCAUUAAAAGUUGCUUAUGAUUCAGUUGCCAAAAAAGAUUAUUUAUUAUGUGAUUAUAACAGAGAUGCCGAUUCAUACAGAUCACCAUGGUCAAAUAAAUAUGACCCAGCACUUUCAGGUGCUUGUUACCCAUCAGCAAAAUUAAGAGAAAUUGAAGUUCAAGCCAAUGAAGUUUUCGAAAUUUAUCUUAAUUUAUAUUUUGAAGGUGGUGUUUCAUCAGUUUACUGUUGGGAUCUCGAUGAUGAUUUUGCUGCAGUUGUUUUAAUGAAAAAAACUCAAGAUCAAUCAAAGAAAGGUCAACCAAUGAGAGGUACCUGGGAUUCAAUUCACGUUGUCGAAGUUAAAGAUAAGAAAAAGAACGCCUACUACAAAUUAACCUCAACUGUCAUGUUAUCAAUUGAAACUGAUAAUGAAGCUACUGGUAAAAUUAACCUUGCUGGUAGUUUAACUAGACAAGACGAAAAAGAAUUCCCACUUAAUGACGUUGAUACCCACGUUGUUAACAUUGGUAAAAUGGUCGAAGAUAUGGAAUCAAAAUUAAGACAAACUUUAGAAACCAUUUAUUUUGGUAAGACCAAAGAAGUUGUCAACACUCUCCGUAAUGCUCUUGGUAGCUCCGAAAUUGAAAAGAGAAAGAAUCUUUCAAACCAAAUCGGUUCAGCUCUUGGUUCAAGAAACUAAAUUUUCUAAUUUUCCUCAAUCCAUUAUUUAUAUAUAGUAACAAAAAAAAAAAUAAUAUUAAUAUAAAAAAACUCAACCCCUUUUUAUUUUUUUUUAUAAUAAUGUAUUUUAAUCAAAAAAUGUGUUUUUAAUAAUCAUCCCAAUAAUUCAUUUUAAAAUUUUUUAAAAUGAUUUUAAUAAUAAAAAAAAUAAAAUAAAAUAAAAUAAAAAAAAAAAAUAAAAUAAAAAAAAAUAAAAUAUUUAUUAAAGUUUUACUAUCACC